AUUUCUCACUAGUGACCCCUCACUUUCUUGUAGAAUCACACCGAGUCAUUUCCAGCAGCGGUUAUUACCAUUUAUUAGCCGAGCGCUCAUUCAGUACGCUUAAGUUAGCUUUAAGUGCUGUCACACAGGCGACUCAGUCCACUGUCCGCUGAAUGAGUGUAAAAUUAGCAAGUGUGCGACUGAAAUGUAUGUGAAAAGCAGCAUGAGCGUGAAGGCCUUCGAGCUGGUGCCCGCUGUGGAGCGGGAGCAGUUGGCUGGCGAGAAGACGCGCAUCGGUGUUGAGUGCAUCGAAUGCUGUGGCCAGCACCUGUACGUGGGCACCAACGAUGGCUUCAUCCAUCACUUCCUGCUGGAGGAGCGCACCACAGCUAAAGGCCAGCUAUCCUUCAGCUCGCAGAAGCUCCUACACAAACAGCUAGGCCUCAAGAAGCCGCCGUCCGAGCUAAAAGCUGCCUCGGCCCUGGAGCGCCUGAUCGUCUUGUGCGACGGUGUCAUCUUGCUGGUGGAUAUGGUCACACUGGAACCGGUGGCAUCUGGAGGGACCAAACUUAAAGGCGUGACUGUGUUCUGUGUUAACGAGAACCCUGUGACGGCCGAGCCUUUCUGCGUGGAGAUGGCGGUGGCGUCUGCACGGCGCCGCGCUGUACACAUUUGCACCGUGCACGAGGAUCGUGUGCAGAUCCUGAGGGAAGUGGCCACUCCCGAUCAGCCAUGCGAUCUCAGCCUGGACGGCUACUUCCUGUGCCUGGCUCUUCCCACACGGUAUGUGAUCCUGAACUAUGGCUCAGGUGCCUCGCAGGAUCUAUUCCCCUAUGACAGCGAGGAGAGGAAACCCAUUGUCAAAAGGAUUGGCAGGGAGGAGUUUCUCCUGGCUGCGCCAGGUGGCCUCGGCAUGUUUGUUAACUCUGAGGGCAUCUCCCAGCGUGCCCCAGUCAAGUGGUCGGAGAACGUGAUUGGCGCAGCCGUGUGCUUCCCGUACGUGGUGGCUCUGGACGAGAGCUUUGUAACGGUUCACAGCAUGCUGGAUCAGCAGCUCAAGCAGACGCUGUCAUUCAGUGAAGGACACAUCCUGCAGGACUUUGAAGGCAAAGUGGUGUUGGCUUCCACAAAGGCAGUGUAUGUGCUGGUGCCUCUGCCUCUGGAACGACAGAUCCAGGACCUGUUGGCAGGACGUCGAGUGGAGGAGGCGCUGACCCUGACCGAAGGUGCACAGAGAAACAUUCCUAAAGACAAGUUCCAGAUAUUACACAAAAGAAUUCUCCAGCAGGCGGGAUUCAUCCAGUUUGGCCAGCUUCAGUUUUCUGAAGCUAAAGAGCAUUUUAGGAAGGGGCAGCUAGACGUACGCGAGCUGAUCUCACUGUGCCCGCUGCUGCUGCCUGCCUCAUCGUCGUUCACACGGUGCCAUCCGCCACUGCACGAGUUCGCCGAUCUGAACCAUCUGACGCAGGGUGAUCAGGAGAAAGUGCAGUCCUGCAAGCGCUUCCUCAUCAGCUACCUGCGUGAGGUGCGUGCUAGCGAGAGUGCCAAUGGCUUCAGACAGGAUGUAGACACUGCACUGCUGAAGCUCUACGCCGAGGCAGGUCACGAAGGCUUGCUGGAGCUGCUGGCCUCUGACAACUCUUGCCUGCUGGCCGACAGCGCACCCUGGCUGGAGAAACACCACAGGUACUUUGCUCUCGGGCUCCUGCAUCACUACAACGGCCAGGAUGCCGCGGCUCUACAGUUGUGGGUUCGAGUUGUCAAUGGGGACCUCCAGGACUCCACACAUGCUGAUCUGUUUGAGUAUGUUGUGGAUUUCCUGAGUUCCUGCAAGAACCUGGACCUCGUAUGGAAGUAUGCAGACUGGGCUUUACAGAAGGACCAGAAGCUUGGAGUACGGAUCUUCACCAAGAGACCUGUUUCCAAAGAGCAGACCAGGCAGCUGAAUCCAGACGAAGUGAUCACGUACCUACAGAAGCACAGCCAGGCUCUAGUUCUGUACUUGGAACAUGUGGUUCUAGAGAGGAGGUUACAGAAAGAGAAGUACCACACACACCUAGCUGUACUGUAUGCCGACCGAGUGCUCGCUCUCGUCUCUCGAACCUCAGCCACGGAGGAUCAGCUCUCUUCAGCCCGACAGAAACUGCAGCGACUGUUAAGAGAAUCCAACCUGUACAGAGUCCAGCUGCUACUGGGUAAACUCCAAGACUCUGAGCUGCUCUUAAUGGAGAGAGCGACACUACAUGGUAAGCUGGAGGAGCACGAUAAAGCACUACAUAUCUUGGUGCACCAGCUGAAGAACUCUGCAGCCGCACAGGAAUAUUGCACAUGGGCAACUGCGGCUCACGAUCACAAAAACCGUGGGGAAAUUUUCCAUCAGCUGCUGCGUGUUUAUUUGGACCCGGACGUACCCGGAGGGCCGCGGACUGUGGAGGCUGUGGACUUGCUGAACCACCACGCUGAGGUUUUUGAUGCCCCAAAGGUUUUGGAACUUCUCCCCGAGUCGUGGUCUCUACCUUUGCUCCGCCCCUUCCUGUGUGGGGCUGUGAGAGCCAGCAUGCACGCUCGCCACACCUCCCAGAUCGCACUGGGGCUCGCGCGAGCUGAGAAUCUGCAGCUGCACCAUGACAGGCUGAAGCAUCGCGGCGGUCCAAUCCUGGUGUCGGGAAAAAAGGGAUGCCACCUGUGCCACAACACUUUCAGCGAGCCAGACUGCGUGUGCCUCCCGGGUGGCAAGCCCGUCCACACACAGUGUGCCACCCAGAAGCUUAAGGGCUCACCCACAAAGCGACAAGUAGACCACGCCCACACCAGCAAUCAUACAUGAAGGUUGCAGGAAGUGGGACGCACUGCAGGGGGGCAUCUGCUGGUCCUGGGCCUGGACGACUGAAAGCACCCGGGUGGAGACGGGCACAGGGAGAGAAAGAGGGGGAACGAGUGUACGCGUCGCACAUCUAGAACGCUCAGAGCGGCUUGGAGUCUGGUUAAAGCAUGGGUGUGGCUUGAGAGAAAGACGGAAUUUUCAUUUGCGUGAAUGAGCAUGAGGGGAAACUGAGAGCUGUAUGAAAUGAUGAGAUGCUAUUUAUUCGUGUUCCUCGCCUUAGACUUUCGGCAUUACUAACACAGAUCAUGUUGAACCGGUCAAAUUUUGUUUUAAAGAAACGGGCAACGAAAACAUUUAUAAAAGAAGAAUCCAUUAAAAACGCCAUGACGUGAAAAGAGCGGAGUCGUCGAGGCUGCUGUUGCGAUGUCGUUUUUAACACUAACAGAAUGUUUCGUUGGCGGUGGGUUCUGCUGUUCGUCUAACGACCCGUACUUCCUGAUCUCACAGCGGAUCGUCGUAUCGUUACGUCACUGUACCCGACGUCAUCAAACGCUCGGACGUCGGCGGUUUCCGAUAAGGAAAAAAAAACGAAACCACGUGGUUAUUCUUCAUGGAUGUGGAUCUAUUUUGCUCUAUGUUUUCAUCGACAGGACACCAAAGUUGCUCUUCACGUCUGUGCCGACAGGGACGCGGUUAUUUUAGAAACAAAUGCAAGAUAUUUCUGUCCAAAUGUAAAAAAAAAGUAAUUAGAUUUUUAAUUCCAUAGAAUCAUAAACAUGCUUAGGCUUGAUUAUUUCUAUCUAGAUAUUAUGGGAUAGAUAUUAAUCACCACGACCCUGACCAGGCAGGUAUUUUGAAUGAAUGGCCGUUCUAAAUGCGUCACGCUCACGUUUAAUCAAUUUGUUCUUUCUUUGUCCCACUUUCCGCCCACGUGAAAGUGAAAGACUUUUUAUUGCCUCCUGUUGGAUUCCUCUCUAAUCCACACCUCUAGUCUUAACCAGAUUUCUAGCAAGCGUUAAAAGAAUAGAAUGCCUGGCUUUGUAUCUGUUUAGGACACACUGAUCAUUUCUGAAUGUAUUCAUAUUCCAUUACAUCCCUAGUAAUAUAUGAUGAGGACAAAGAAAGAACCACAUUUGUAAUUUCUCAAACUUUCUCAAAGCUCUCUUGUUCUGAAUCUUCAGUAAUACGAUUUUUUUUUUUUAAUUUGUGAAUGAAGAACAUAGAUUCAAAGAUUGUUUGUUUUUUUUUUUUUUUUUGUUUUUUUUAAGAAAAUGUUUUCUCCCAGUUUGAGUCAUUGCCAAUCCCCACUCACUAGCUAGCCUUUCCCUAACAUGCUACCAUGUGAAGCCAGUGCAUCUUCUUGAACAGCUGCUCGUGCUACGCGACAGGGCAGAAGAACACUCGUUUCGCAUACGCGCAUUUCUCGUCAAGUCCUUCGUUUGAGCUGCGAGUCUUAUAAAUGCUAAGCUGUGAAUAACAGAGAUAUUUCAAAAAGUAUUGAAUAGCAUAAUGAAGGUCUUGCCGUCUAAUAACGGUAGUGUGUUUUUGAAUAUAUUUUGCGACAUGCACAUGUUGAUUGGGAAUGCUUUUGUGUGAGAGACUGGGAGUGAGAGCGGCAUGAUGAUGCCCCUGGCGGAGGCUCGUUCUAAAAUCUCAAGCACAGUAUAACCACUGCCUACGAUAUCAAUACUUCAACCGGUGCAUGGGCAGGAACCAAAGACACACACCUGCUCGUGGAGACACACACCGACACCUGCUUAUGGACUGGUUCAGGCUCAGCUUUUAUUGGAUGUAAACGUUUGCAGAUUUCACUGUACAAAAAUGAAGAAAAAACAAAUGUUAUGCAUAGACGAAUUAAAUCAAUGUGUACAGCAAAAAAAAAAAAGAAGGAAAUAACAUCAACACGUCUUUUGAUGUCGAAUCCGUACGAUUGUUUGACAGUGUCUAUAAUCCAGGGCCUGGUUUUCCAAAAGCACUGUAGUGUUACGAUUAUCUUAUCUAUUAGAAUGGUGCAGAUCGUAACGGCGUUUAUGACUACGCUGUUUUUUUGUUUUUUUUUUUUCUCGAUCAAACCCGGCCCUCAAUGUUGUCAUGACACUUGACCUGGUCUUAACAUGUAACAGACUCUAACCUCCUCUCCCUGAUCACGAGUGCAUCUAACUACAGCCGCCUGACCCUUAAUACUGCAGACGGAAUCCGUCUGCCUCUUUCUAUCCACUCGAGUAUUUUAUAAACGCAUAUCUACUCGUGUACAUACUGUAUUUAUAACUGUUUGUCGCUUUGUAAAUGGAUGGCCGUGUAGUUGGAAUGUACAAAUGUAAAGAUGUCCAUUUUAAUAAACUUGACUGCUUAUGUUA